CGUUGCGCCUGUGCGGGGCAGGAAGUAAUGCUGUCUAGGCAACUGAUAAAAAACAGCACUUUACCCUUGAAACAAAAACAUGUAUAACACGACGAUCUGAUAAGCAUGUCAGCUGUCAACCUAGCGGUGAAAGAGCGGCGAGCGUCGCAUUUUAAACGGGGGAGCGGACUGAACGCGCAGUCCUCGCAUUACACGGUGAAAAACUCUCCGGAUCAAUCUGAGCAGGCAGAUGUGAGAUGGAGCCAGGAGAUGCGUCAGCUGGCACCGCUGGAUGACUGCGAGCGGCUGGGGACGCUGUUCGGACAGGUGAACAAGUGCCUGAGGGGGGUGGGCUUCACCCAGCUGUACUUCGGGGACAAGAUCGUGGAGCCCGUGGUGGUGGUCCUCUUCUGGGUGAUGCUGUGGUUCCUCGGCAUCCAGGCUCUGGGCCUGGUUGGAGCUCUGUGCAUCGUCAUCAUCUACAUCCAGAAGUGAUGCCUCUUUGGCUGGUGGGCUGUGCUCCUUCCAUCAGCCGUGGGUUCUUCACACUACCUGGCCUUCAGCAAACCAGUGGACGCAGAAAAAGUGCCUUGCAUGGAGUUUUAUACGACACAUUUUUGCACAGCGUUUGGUAGCAGUGAUUUUUUUCUUUUUGUAGUCAUUCAGAGCUUUUAUUUAUUUUUAACAUAUUGUUACAUCCUGGUCAAGGGUCAAGGAGUAAACAGGGAGGACAACAGGGAACAGGGAGGGAGAAAGGAGAAGGGGACGGAAAAAGAACUGACUGACAGAAUAGUUAUAGUUAAGAUCAAAUAUAUUUCAAGUAUAUUCUGAUAUAGUGAGAUAAAUGUGAAACACCAGGGUGGCCUUCAGUGCCAAAGGCUAAAAUAAUAAACAAAACAAGGGAACUACCUACGUGAGCGCCAGUUAAGACUUCCGUAAACAGAAAAGAAAACAAAAGACAAUCGCUACCCUCAUUAACCACAAAACAGAGGCAAACGAUUCACAUGCAGAAAAUAAGGGGCAGCCACUCCCUACAACCCUUACGCAGAAAUAUAUAAAGAUUAUUUACAAAGAAUACACAGGGCAACCGAGUCCAAAUCGAAAUGCAAAAAGGGGAGUCAUUAGCCAAACACUGGGAUAGAAAGACGGGUAAACAUCACAAACGCGGAAUAACCAAAGUCAAGUUGAAAUCCGAAAGAGGAAUCACCGAGAGCAAAAACAAGAUCGUUACACACAGGAAAUCAAAUACAAGAAUUGCAAGGAACAAAGGGUAGAGGCAGCAAAAGCUGUUAAAUGGGUUUGCGGGGCUUGUUUUACAGUCCUAGCAGAUGAGAGGCGGGAAACAGUAACGAGGAGAUGAAACCAGUUUGUCCAAUUUUGGCACUGCAUUUGGAGGGAGAGAUGGAAAACCUGGAAGGGGAUUGGCUGGACGGCGGAAUCGAACAGGAUCUAAAGAGAAAUGGAGAGACAUACGCACUCACAAGCCUGUAUAUGGAUGCAACUAUGUAUUUUUGUAUGAUUGAAAAUUUACAGAAAUGACGAAACUACAUUGUAGGAAGUUCUCUGCUGGGUGAAUGAAACCUUAGAGACCUCAUCACUUCUUGUGAGUAUUAGAGACCUGAUAGAAUGACUCAGUUAACUUUUCAAGAGUCUGCUAAGAAUUAUGACUCCAACGUUUUUCAGUAUGCAACAGAUUGUCAACCCAGAUACAAUUUACAUGUCUGCAAGUCUCAAUUUAGACUCAGGUUAACACUUUACUGUGGUAAUCCUUACCAGGCUUUGUUUACUAUAUGCGUCACACUUUAAUUUCUCUUUAAUCUUUAAAUGCCAUAGAGUUGAGUUGUUGUGGGCUCUUUGUGAUUCUUCAUGAGAGCUUUGCAUGCAACGCUGGCAUGAAAGUGAAACCUCUUUAGUGGUUUCAUAGCUGAAGGGAAGGCUUAACUGAAAACGGCCGUUUGUACUUCUGCCGCCUCAGUGGAUGAAUCUUCAUAUGUCUCAGAUCUAGAUGAGCUAAUGGGCCAGCUCCAUUUUAUCAGUGUGUUUGCAUGUACAGAUUUGUUUUACACCACUGUGAUUUUAUUUCAGAAGUGUCACAGCCCAUGGUUAUGAAUACAAGGGCAUUUUGACUUUUGACUUGUACCUUUGGCUGUGAGUUUUAUGACAUCUACUCAUCUCCUCUUUGGAGAUGUUCAAACUCACUUUUGCCUUUUUAACAUCAUGUCUCACUUUUGCAACCUUCUGUGUCUGUAAAUGUGCAUGGUGCCUCAAAAAGAUUGUGGAAUUUAAUGUCUUACUCAGGACCCUGUAUUGGAUAAGCGACUAGAAGAAUGUUCAGUCCUCUGAGGGGAACAUGGUGGCUUAGGUAGUUAACAUUGUAGCUUCACAUCUGCAGGGUUAAAUGUCUCCACCUCCUUGUAUGGAGUUUGCAUGUUAUCCCUGUGUAUGCAUGACUUUCCUUCCACAAUCCAAAAACAUGCACAGUGAAUUGGUGUCUGUAAAUGGACAUGUGUGUGUGCGCCUGGAGGUGGAUUUGCAUCCAGACUGGAUAAUUAUCUCUAUUUAAGUCAUUAUUUUUUUUACUUCAGUGCUCCAUUUUAGCUUAAGAUUCUCUUAGAAUUGUUCUUAAGCAGAUUCAGAACAUGAAAAAGGCGAUAAAUUGAAAAGAAUACAAACUGAAAUCUAAUUUUAAUAAAUAAAUCAUAUAAAAUAUAUAUUUUUGUUGUGGGGCGUAACACUAGAAAACACCAAUAGCACGUUUUGUUAGGCAUUUUUUUUCUGUGACUACCUCACUAGGGAUCCAGAUUUUACCAGGGAAUGGAUUUGACUAGAGCUGGGCAAUAUGCCCUAAAAAUGUUAUCACAGUUUUUUCAGAGAUUUUAAUAAUAUCAGUAUUUCCCACGAUAUUCUAAAAUUCAUACCUAGAAAACAGUAACAUAUGACAGGUGGUUUUGAGUUUUUCUGAUUUUGAUGUCCAAAUUGUUUUACUAAUAAUUAUAGAGGAUGUGACAGGUAAAUUAUGCCAACAGACUCAUAUCUUGAUAGAAUUUGUGUAAAAAUAGUGCACUAUGACUGUCAAUUAUGCAAGAAAACAAGUAUUUAGGCUAUAUCACGAUAUGAUAUUCGAACUGGCGACAAUAUGAAUGGUCAUAAUCAUGAUACGAUAUUUUACCGAGGACACCCAGCCCUAGUCCAGGCUGUUCCUUUACCUCGGGGUCCUUUAUUUUCGUGGAUUGGCUCCAAGUUCACCCAAGCUUUCUAUUGGAUAAGUGGUUUGAAAGAUGAAUGAAUGAUCAGCAUCUUAUGCAGGUAUAAGAGAUCUUACCAGUUAAAGAAAAAGGAUUCAGAACCUUGCUGCUUUAGGAUGUCUUUUUGUCACCCUUGAACAUAAAAUGGUACAAUAAAAUUACAACACCAGAAAGUUAUAAUGAAAUUAAUUUCUCAGUAAAAAUUAUGCUCAAUAAAUUAUUAACAGAAAUGCA